CAUGCCCUUAUCGGUAUGGUUCCUCCGGAGCCUCGGGAGCCAGAAAGGGAAGAUAAGAAGAAGGAAAGAGUCGCAGCGGGCGCUACUUUCACGUGGAUAUCAUCGAACUUCGCUCAUUGCCCCGAUGAUGCUAAUGAGGACAUGGUGAAGACUUAUGCUCGUGUCUACAUGUGGUACGUGAUAUCGAGGACACUGUUUGCUGAUGGCACAUGCAAGAAUGCUCCAUGGAUGUGGCUGAAGGCGUUGACCGUCUUCGAUAGCAAAUGGAGUUGGGGUUCGGCGACACUAGCUUACUUGUAUCGACAGUUGGACGAUGCCAGUUGUAGGCACACUGGAGGUAUUGGUGGUUGUCUGCUCGCACUUUCCAUAUGGAGCUGGGAGCGUUUGCCGGUUGGACGACCUAAGACCGUGAAGUACGAGGAUUGGGACGAUAAAGACGACCCACUACGGCUCCCCACUUGGGCUUACAAGUGGGAUGUGUUAAAUGAGACAACGGAUGAUCCCUCUGUAAUGUACAAGUUGUACAAGAGCGAGCUGGACGCGAUCACGCCUAAGCAGGUGAACCGACCUUGCAUAAGUGAUUAUCAUGCUUGUAUCUUCACUCGAUAUCAAUUUUGCAUUCAAUCCCAUUUUGCAGGUGGAAUGGGAGCCGUAUGGAAAAGGAGAGAGUUUUGGUAA